AUGGCCAAUCGUUUUCAGCUUUCCACUCCCCUGCGAUUGCCUUUGUGGUCAACGGUCUUGCUCGUCUCGGUUGUUCCAUUGAGUCUUUCUUCUCGUGGAGACGGGAGCUUUGUCUUUCAGCGUUGCCUUCAAGCUUGCCUUUUGACUCAGUGUAAUGCUACUAGUGCCAAAUUACCCUUGUCAUACUCGUACAGUUCCUACCGACCACGCAAUCUUAGAUAUUUGGAGAAACUGAUUACAUGGGAAUGCAACAGUGAAUGCAAAUAUCACUGUAUGUGGUGGGCAGUGGAUGCAUUUCAGCAGGGUGGUCAGCCAGUUCCGCAAUUUUAUGGAAAAUUAUUUAUUCUACAGUGGCCCCAAAUCCGUCUGCUUGGCAUUCAGGAACCGGCCUCGGCGUUGUUUUCUGCCCUUAACUUUAUUACCCAACUGGUAACCUUGCUACACUUCCUCAGGCAUGUGCCCUAUCACGCCCCUCUCUUCUCCUUCUGGAUUCUGUUUGCACUUGCUGGUUUGAACGCGUGGCUGUGGUCGACCGUUUUUCAUAUUUGCGACACAAGCAUUACCGAGAAACUUGACUACUGUUCUGCAUUCGCUUAUGUGGGAUCAUUUUUUAUCCUCACGCUUGCUCGAAUCUUGUAUCGUCAGCUGCGGUGGGUUCGAUUUGCAUUCCUUUCAGUCGCAUUCUACUUGAUUUUGUCAUAUCUCUCUCACCUGAUCGCCGCACCUGAAAUCGAUUAUGAGUUUAAUAUGAAUGUUCACCUUGCAUUUGGAUUGCUGGUAUUAGUGGGGUGGGUCGUUGGCCUACCAAAUGUUUGGACAGUGCAAGAGAAGGCCUACUCCCGGCAGAUGCAAGCCACGGUGCUUUUUAUCUUUGCUGCGGCUUCACUUGAGUUCUUUGAUUUUCCCCCCAUUUGGUGGCUCUUCGAUGCCCACUCCCUUUGGCACGCAGCAACCAUCUUCGUUCCCUUCGCGAUGUUUUCGUGA